AUACUUAUCAUCAUGCCUUUUUGACAGAGCUUGCCAUAUAUUUGACAGUGACAGCUAACCUGCAAAACAAAUUUUGUUGCUUGUGUUGAUGUGCGGCUGUGUUUAUUUCAGGGAAUUUUUGGAAAUUUGAAUUGAGAUAGUAUUUUCUUUGCAGAAACAAGCAUGUCUAUUGAGAUAGAAUCCGCUGAGUAAGUUUUAUUCGCCAUCCAAGAUUAUACAUUUGCAAGUUCCGGAUUAUUGCUAAACUGAAUUCUUUUUUCACAGCGUUAUUCGUCUAAUCCAACAGUAUUUGAAGGAAUCAAACUUAUUCAGGACCUUGCACACAUUACAAGUAAGUUAUCCUCUGAUUUUUCACUUAAAGCAAUACAGUAUACUCAUUGUACAAACCUCUUAUAGGAAGAAACAGGUGUUACUUUGAAUACUGUGGAUAGUGUGGACAGUUUUUGUGCAGAUAUAAAUAAUGGACAUUGGGAUACAGUUCUGAAAGCUAUCCAGUCUCUUAAGUUGCCUGAUAAGAAGUUGAUAGAUCUCUAUGAGCAGAUUGUGUUAGAGUUGAUCGAAUUGAGAGAAUUGGGAGCUGCAAGAUCUCUGCUGAGACAGACUGAUCCUAUGAUUAUGCUGAAACAAAAUGAACCUGAGAGAUAUAUUCAUUUAGAAAAUCUACUGGCAAGAUCAUAUUUUGACCCCCGUGAGGCAUAUCCAGAUGGCAGCAGCAAAGAAAAGAGAAGAGCUGCAAUUGCGCAUGCACUGUCUGGUGAAGUCUCAGUAGUACCAUCAUCACGUUUGCUUGCUCUACUUGGACAAGCUUUGAAAUGGCAGCAGCAUCAAGGAUUGUUGCCACCUGGAACAACUAUUGAUUUGUUCAGAGGUAAGGCUGCUGUCAGAGAACAAGAAGAAGAAACAUUUCCAACCCAAAUGGCUAAGCAGAUCAAGUUUGGCCAAAAGUCUCAUGUGGAGUGUGCUAGGUUUUCUCCAGAUGGCCAGUAUCUGAUCAGUGGUAGUGUUGAUGGCAUCAUUGAAGUGUGGAAUUUCACCACAGGGAAAAUCAGGAAGGAUCUCAAAUACCAAGCCCAGGAAAAUUUCAUGAUGAUGGAACAUGCAGUUUUAUGUAUGGCAUUCUCAAGAGACAGUGAAAUGUUGGUUAGCGGAUCUCAAGCUGGUCGAGUGAAGGUUUGGAAAAUAAGCACUGGACAAUGUUUGAGAAAAAUCGAUAAAGCACAUUCCAAGGGUAUCACUUGUUUGCAAUUCUCCAGGGAUAAUAGUCAGGUGCUGAGUGCGUCAUUUGACCACACAAUCAGGAUACAUGGACUGAAAUCAGGCAAAACACUGAAGGAAUUCAGAGGGCACACAUCGUUUGUUAAUGAAGUGAUUUAUACUCAAGAUGGCCACAAUAUCCUCAGUGCGUCUUCAGAUGGGACAGUGAAAAUGUGGAGCAUAAAAACUACUGAAUGCGUAAAUACUUUCAAGUCGUUGGCAACUACAGAUGUUAGCGUGAACAAUAUCCACAAUUUUCCUAAAAAUCCCGAGCACUUCAUCGUCUGCAAUCGUACAAACACCGUGGUUAUCAUAAAUUUGCAAGGACAGAUUGUACGAUCAUUCGCCAGCGGUAAACGAGAAGGAGGUGACUUUGUCUGCUCCUGCGUUUCUCCUAGAGGUGACUGGAUAUUCUGUGUAGGCGAAGACAUGGUACUUUACUGUUUUUCGACCAACUCAGGGAAAUUGGAAAGAACUCUCAAUAUUCACGAGAAAGACGUGAUAGGUAUUGCUCAUCACCCUCAUCAAAACCUGUUGUGUUCUUACAGUGAAGAUGGACUCGUCAGACUUUGGAAACCUUAAGUUCUCCAGAUUUUUGUAUAGGUAUUAAGAGUGAACUUUGAAUUCAUCAUGAAAUGAGAUUUUUUUUUUGUUGUACCAAGAAAAAAAUGGUUCAGGCUGAGAAAUUAACCAAAAAUGCUUAAAUAUUACAUUCUAAUUUGACUGUCUCUAUUAUACUGCAGAUUUUUUCAAUUGACACAUUUUUUUUCUUGUAACACAUAUAAUUAGACUUCUGUAAAUUAGGUUCUAACAUUUAUUGUAUUGUCUGGAUGUGUUCGGAAAUAAAGUUUUUACAGUGAUUCCAUGAACUUUUUGCCCUGUUUGCAAUAAUAAACAAUACUUAAUAAAAAGCUUCA